UACAACAAGCAUCAUGUGACAAGAAUAAAGAUAAGAAGCAAGAAAAGACAAAGCCCAACGAUUUGUCAGUAAAGGCUGAUCCAAAUGAUAAAGUUCAGAAGAAGGCCUCAACAAAGGAGUCAUGA